AUGGCACUACCAAUAUUGCAUAUUUUUGCUGCUGUAUUAAAUUCUUAUAUAUUGUGGUAUGAUCAAGUGUAUGUGAAUGUUCCCUUUGAAAAGGGUAUGGACAGCUAUCCGUUUAGAAGUCGCGUUCUCUUCCUGACUCUUUGGAAUUUUGUACUUCAUGCUGUUUACUACUGGAUAGCUUUUGCUAACGACAUCUUUGGUACAAACGAUGCAUCACCGCGUCACCCGCCAUUAAUACGAAAAAUAAAAGACGUGAUAUUCACGUUAGUCUUUCCUCUUGGUGUUUACGUAUCUGUUGCUUUCUGGGGUGUAUAUGCAGUUGACAAGGACCUUAUAUUCCCCGAACCCGUAGAAAAAGCUUACCCACCAUGGAUAAACCACCCCCUACACACACUUGUGUCCGUUUUUAUAACUAUCGAAAUGUUAACAUCAAAUAUUACAUACCCCAGACGAAAGCUCGGUUUAGCAAUAAUGAAUGUCUUUAUGUUCUCGUAUUUGGUGUUUUUGUUUGUAGUUUAUAGUCAAACGGGUAAGUGGGUGUACCCGGUGUUAACACACCUCAAUUGGCCUCUUAGAAUAAGCUUUUGUCUUGGUAGUGUUGCCAUAGGUCAUCUAUUUUAUUUCUUAGGAGAAAGUUUAAACAGACAUUUAAAUCCGUCUGCUAAAGUCAAAGGCAAGAAGUCACGAUAA